AAAUGGCCGUACUGUCGAAGACCAAGACCAGCCCCGAUUCCAAGGCACAGGUCAAACUUUGCGUGGAAAGAAGAAGGACCUUGGAGGAUCCGCAACACCUACGUCGGGCAGUGAAGCUGAAAACCAAAAGAGCAAGGACCCCGACUCCAAGUCUGGUGGACGUACGCUAGGGCGCUCCUCUCGACGCUAAUCGCAGGCUAGCUUGACGAAGAUAGUGCCGUUGAUGGCGCGAGAAUGACCACCUUUCUUAUUUCCUUACAAAUGGGGCUUCACGCCCCUGCUCACGGGCAUAGCGAGGGUAGAAUGGCGUUAUCGGUGGUUUUUUUUUUCUCUUUAGGUUUUCUCUGGAGUUCUUGGGCUCUGUUUCCGAUUCGAAAUGAAGAUCAACCGUUCUACCAGACAAUUCGAAUGGCACCCGAACCGAGGAAAAUGCCUUCGGGCUUGAUGAACUCGCGCAUUCCCCCGGCAGUCUUCAUUUCAUGGGGCCAAGCUUACACUACCCCUGGAAUGAUCGUACGAGAACUUCUUCAUUAGCUGGGAGAACGCCAUGAUGGAUUUAUCUUUCACGAGACGUAUCAUUCUACUGAAUU